AAAAAAAAAAAAUUAUCCGAACGCCGCGUCAAAAGACUACACAAUACUUGUAGCGAAAAGGACUCCGCGAUUCCCCUGUUCUCAAGUCAGCCCCCCCGGGAAGACGCCCCACAGAGCGAGACAGAGAGGGAAAGCGCUGGUCUUGGCUCCCAUGGAGGGUUUCGGACCGAGGUCCUACAACGAUGGAAGGAUGCAGCUCGGGACCUACGGCGGCCGUCCGGCCCCUCCCCCUUCCGGCGUUUACGAUUCGAGGAGCUACAGCGCGUCCUACAACUCCUCCGCCAACCCGAGCAGCGGCUAUGGAUACGGUUCCAGGGAGGUCAAGUUGGACAAGGGGAAGAGGUCAUCUGGUUCUUCCAAGAAGGUGUGGGUCUUCAGCGACCCGGAGUUCGAGAGGAAGAAGCGGGUGGCGAGUUACAAGCUCUACGCCGUCGAGGGGAGGGUGAAGGGGUCCCUCAAGAGGAGCUUCCGAUGGCUCAAGGAUAGAUACACCCAGGUGGUUUAUGGCUGGUGGUGAUCCCUUCUUCUGGGAACAAGUCAAUACAGCGUGGUUGCAGUUUGAGCCAUUAAAGGGGCGUUAUAUGUCUCAAGUCUGUUGCUUGUGACGUCCAUUUUGAAAGGGAAAAAUUCCAAAAUAAGUUAAGCAGAACGCUUUGUAUUCCCAUGUUGUAUAUUAUUUUAUUUAGUCUGAUGUUGUAUAGACCAUUUAGAUUUGUCUAGUGAUGCGUCUGUGUGAUUCUCAGUCCAAGUUCAGGUUCCAUACACUUGCUUUGGUUAUUUUAUGAAGUGCUUUGUAUCUCUGAAUUUAGUAAGGAGAAAUAAUUCAUGUGGGAGCUUACAUUUGGUUUGACUAGU